AACAGGAGGUCGUGCUGUCGUAAAGUAUCGCUUUACGGCGUUUUCACAAUUCGAUACAGUUGGGUUGGGUGUCCCUUCAUCAGUGCAGACAUGGCCUCAGCUCCAGCACAACAACCCACCCUGACUGCUGAACAAACCAGAGUGGUGCUGAGCGAGGUGAUCCAGGCCUUCUCGGUGCCGGAGAACGCCGCACGGAUGGACGAGGCGCGCGAGAGCGCCUGCAACGACAUGGGCAAGAUGCUGCAGCUCGUGCUCCCCGUCGCCACCCAGAUACAGCAGGAGGUGAUCAAAUCCUACGGCUUCAACAACGAGGGAGAAGGUGAGCUUCGUGAUUUCACCACCACCUUAAUAUACAAACGCGUCCUUAAAUUUGCCAGACUGGUGAAAAUGUAUGAAACCCAGGACCCUGAAAUCGCAGCCAUGUCUGCAAAACUGAAGUCUCUCCUGCUGCCACCUCUGUCUACACCACCUAUAGGGGGCACCAUUGCUGCUUCAUAGGAAGGAUCGGCUGCAAGAAGCUUCUGUUUACUGCUUUGAGUCUCCUGUUCAUUUUAAUAUUUCAGUUUUAUACCACUACAAUGGUCCAAGUACAAGGUUUAAAACAUUUUUACAAACUUAUGUUUUUAUAUGUAUUUAUUUGUUACAUGUGACACUAUGACCACUUUAUAAUUUCACAACCUUUUUGUCAUUUUAAUGUAAUUUUAUAUACUGUCAAAUGUUUUACUGUAAAAUUAAAUGCUAUGUAUUUGUUUUUAAAGACAAAAAACAGCUUCAAUAUAGAUCCUUUAUUCAUUAAAUUUAUACAUUUGAAAA